AUGUUGAAGCUUUCCCGUGUCUGCGUCAAAGCUGGACAGGUCUUGGAGAGGGACAACGUCUUCUGGUUCCAAGAUCCGCGAUCAAAGAUCCAGCGCGCGGUCAUCUUCUCGCAGCCGUUGGCAUGUUGGGCCCCACCACGACGGAAUGAGUGCGACGUGAGAGCAGCUGACACACCGGCGGCAGGGGCGACGCGAUCAAGCACACGGUUGACAUCAGGACCAGAGGUCGCCGGUGGUGCGUUCAGGAGCUCCACGAGCGGCACGUCAGGUGAUAGUGUGGUCGGCGUUUGCAGCACUUGGUCGGGAAGGGCGAGAGCAACAGCGAGCAAGGUGCACGUUGCGAAGUCGGCGUCGGGGAAGAGAGACAAACCUUGUUCUUCCGACGUCUUCACACGGACCAAGCGAAGGAAGAAGACACUGGCGGCAUCUAUAGAGAUGUUCCGCUUCUUGAUCAUCGACAGGUCCGAAGCUCGCCCGAACAGGUACCAGAGCAGACACAGAAGAGCAGCAUCUUGGUAG